AUGAGAAAAGGCCUUCAGUCAGUGCCAAUCUCGUUUUUUCGUUUCAGCACGCACGCCGCAUGUGCGACUUUGCCCUGCUGUGCUUUCUUUAGUAUUUGGCGCCCAGUAGUGCAGGUGCUUCCCGCGGUUGCUGCUUCUCCAGCCACAGCUCUUCCGGCCUCCAGCUCUGCAGGACCCAUGGGGAACGCAGAGGCGUGCAGGAGCUCCCAAAGCAUGGAGGCCACGCAGCCCUCCGCGCCCUCCGCGCCCGUGGCGGUUGAGCCUUCGACUCAACCAGAGGUAGAUGUGGCCGCCUAUGUGCCACCUGCGGACGAGGACGGUCAAGCUGACACGCCCGAGGAGGUUGGCCGUGAGGCCGAAGCUCGAUCCGCUGAUGAAUCUGAGACCGCCGAGGAGGCCGCCUCAAACUCUGCUUGGCUCUCCACUGCCGCGCCGCAGCCCAGCCGCAUGAUGACUGAGGUGGCCUCUUCCGAUGAUAGUCCAGAGGAGGUGGACGGACUGGCUUCGGAAGAUGAUCUUCAGCUUGAUGCAAUCCCAGCAGGCGGUCUGGAAGAGGCCGCGUCCACUGCAGCCCCAUAUCCCGCCUUCUCUGAACAAGAGGCGGAGGGCUCUGAUUCAGCCUGGGUGUCAACAGCAGCCCAAUACCCUGCUGCAUCAAAUGGAGAGCGGGAGGAGGCCAGUGCCGCGGAGCAGGAGGUCUGCAGCGGAGGGGACGAGGCGGAGACAGCGUCAGCGGCGUCCGCCCAGCCUGCCCCAGAGGAGGUUGGCGACCAAUCUGCGUGGCCUCAACAAGCUUUCGCUGAAGGGCAGCAGGUAGAUUGGCCAGACGAAGCCUCAGAUGCACAGCAGGCUGCGGACGCGUCCCUGUGGGAAGAAGAAGCCUCCGCCAAAGGAGAACAGGAGGGUUGGCCAGAUCAAACCCUUGCAGACGGGCAAAAGGAGGAAGGUUCUGCCGUGAGACAUGAGGCAGAUUGCCCAGAUGAAACCCCUGCAGACACGCAGAAGGCUGCGGACGCGUCCCUGCGGGAAGAAGAAGCCUCCGCCAAAGGAGAACAGGAGGAAGGUGCUGCAUUGAGAGAUGAGGUAGAUUGGCCAGACGAAACCCCUCAGAAGGUCGAUGCCCCUUCAGGGCAAGAAGAAACCUCUGAAGCAGAACAGGUCGAUUGGCCAAACGAAGCUUCGGUAGACGCACAGCAGGUAGAUUGGCCAGACGAAGCCUCUGCUGACGCACAGCAGGUGGAUUGGCCAGACGAGGCCUCCGCAGAAGGCCAGACUGAGCAGGCAAGUGAUGCAGCUGUUUGGCCACCUGAGGCUGGUUCCAGCCUGGCUUGGCCAGAUGCUUCUGAAAGGACUCGGCAGGCAGAUGCCCCGCCUGCUUGGCCAGAAGCUUCCGAAAAGAUGCAGCAGGCAGGCAAUGUAUAUGCUUGGCCACAGCCAUCCCCCGCAAAGCCGGAGGCAGAUGCCCCACCUUCUUGGCCAAAAGCUGAACCGAUGCAGCAGGCAAAAGAUGCACAUGCGUGGCCACAGCCAUCCUUGGCGACGCAAGAGGUGCGUGAGAUACGCCAGGACACUGAUGCUUGGCAAGCUCCUGUUCGGGAGCUGCAGCGCCGUGUGGCGAAACUGGAGGAUCAACUCAUGGCACUGCAGCCGCCGGAGGCUUCGCCCAACUCGGUUCGCCCACAGACCUCCAAGCGCGAAGCAGUGCGGCUUCCAGAGGAAGUGGCACAUCAAAGGUCGCAGCAGGCAGAGAUGUCGGACGGUGAUGAGGUAGGGAGGGAUGCACUCCCUGGCUCACCCCAACUUGCUCGUGCCCAAUGGCAACUUCAGCAAGCUGCGCAACGUCGAGCCGUUUGA